AUGGGCGCUGAGCCAGCCUUGGACACGGUCGUGUGGUUUCCCGUGAGAUCCAACUCAAAAUUUUUCCUUUCACUGCUGCCAAUUGAUGGAGGAAAGCUACAGCAGGAGGAUCCAACCGCUGCUAUAGAAAAGAGGAGGGAAGUCGUAAUCCGAGGCCUAAUUGAAUACAUGGGGGAGAAGCCAGGAGACUUGAUUUCAGAUCUACAGAGUCUGGAGGAAACUGAAGACACUCGGCAGAAUAUCGCCUAUCCAGUGAAGAUUGUCAAAGUUGCGCAGUGGGGGAGGAGUCAGUGCAGAGGGGGAGGAGUCAGUGCAGAGGGGGAGGAGUCAGUGCAGUGGGGGAGGAGUCAGUGCAUUGGGGGAGGAGUCAGCACAGAGGGGGAGAAGUCAGCGCAGAGGGACGAGUCAGUGCAGUGGGGGAGGAGUCAGUGCAGAGGGGGAGGAGUCAGUGCAGUGGAGGAGGAGUCAGUGGAGAGGGGGAGGAGUCAGCGCAGAGGGGGAGGAGUCAGUGCAAUGGGGGAGGAGUCAGCGCAGAGGGGGAGGAGUCACCAAACCAAGAUCAUCAUCAUCAUCCCCAUCAUCAUCAUCACCAUCAUCAUCAUCCUCAUCAUCAUCAUCAUCCCCAUCAUCAUCAUCAUCAUAAUCCCCAUCAUCAUUAUCCUCAUCAUUAUCCUCAUCCCCAUCAUCAUCAUCAUCCCCAUCAUCCUCAUCAUCAUCCCCAUCAUCCUCAUCAUCAUCCCCAUCAUCAUCAUCAUUAUCCUCAUCUUGAUCAUUAUCAUCAUCCCCAUCAUCAUCAUCAUCAUCAUCAUCCCUAUCAUCAUCAUCAUCAUCCCCAUCAUCAUCAUCAUCAUCAUCCCCAUCAUCCUCAUCAUCCCCAUCAUCAUCAUCCCCAUCACAUCAUCAUCAUCCCCAUCAUCAUCAUCAUUAUCCUCAUCUUGA